AUGCUGGUGGGGUUGAAGACGCUGGUGCUGACCAAGUGUGAGGAGCUGAGUAGCCCCCCUGAGGCAUUGCCGCCCUCCCUUGAGACCCUCUGCUUGGGGCCGUUCGUGGAAGGCUGUGACCAUGUGGUGGACGUCUCCAGGCUGUCGCAGCUGAGGGUGCUCAAGCUGGAUUGUGUUGGGGUGCGACACGGGCCUGCCGUGAUCUGCAGGUUGCCGUGCCGCGAGCAGGAGGGGCAGGAGGAGCAGGUGCGGCAGGUGGUGCAGGGGGAGCAGGGGGUGCAGGGGGUGCAGGGGGUGCAGGGGGAGCAGGGGGUGCAGGGGGAGCAGGGGGAACAGGGGGAGCAGGGGGAACAGGGGGAACAGGGGGAGCAAGGGGAACAGGCGGAGCAAGGGGUGCACGGGGAGCAGGGGGGAAAGGGGGUGCAGGGGGAGAAGGGGGGAAAGGGGGUGCAGGGGGAGCAGGUGGAGCAAGGGGGGCAGGGGGAGCAGGGGGAGCAGGGGGAGCAGGGGGAGCAGGGGGAGCAGGGGGAGCAGGUGCUGAAUCUGGAGACGCUGGAGAUGCGUUUAGAUUACCGUGAAAAGCUAGAGCUCCCAAUCCCCUUGACUUUUCUCCCUCGCCUGCGCAGCUUGCUCAUAGAUGUGCCUGGUCUCUGCAGCCUCCCGGAAAGCAUGGGGGCAGCCAUGCCACAGCUGCGGCACCUGGAGCUUCGUUCUUGGUCUCCGGAGGAGCUGCCUGAAAGCAUUGGAGAGCUCCGUUCCCUGAUGUCACUCACGAUUGAAGCGCCUCAGCUGGUGGCGCUACCUCAAGGCAUGACCUGCUUGUCUCGGCUGCGCAGACUGAAUCUGAAAUGCUGCUAUGCGUUGCGGCAGCACCCCAAGAGGCUUUUCCACCAGCUCACCUGCCUGCAGCAGCUGGUUCUCAAAAGUACCCCAGGUGGACACCUCCCCGAUUACAUGCUGUUCGAUGAUGACGAGCCUGACUCGCCUGGUUGCCUUUAG